AUGGAUACGGGGUUCUUCAUUGGGUUGCGGUACCCCAAAAUCGGCCGAUUCUUCGAGAUAAUCACAUUGGCAUGCUCGACGGUGACGGUGACCAAGUGCCAGGCCGCGCUGCGCACGCUGCAGGCGUUCCCAUUCUUCAAGCCGACCUGCCUCUGCCGCGAGCCGAACGUGGACCCCGAGUGCAACUCCUUCCGCGACUUCCUGUUUGAUCAUCCUUGCGUCUUCGUCAUGAAGAAGGGUGAGUUUGUGACCAGGUGCCAGGCGCUGCGGACUCUGCAGGCGUUCCCUUUCUUCAAGCCGACCUGCCUCUGCCGCGAGCCCAACGUGGACCCAGAGUGCAACUCCUUCCGCGACUUCCUGUUUGAUCAUCCUUGCGUCUUCGUCAUGAAGAAGGAGAAAGACCCCUACCCCGUGGAAACCCUGCCGACCUGCACCUACGCCCUGAGUGUCUGCCACAACGAGAAAGCCUGCUCCGUACUGUUUGACCGCUUCAAGAACGCUUGCAAGGCCCGCGAUGGGGAGUGUCGUAUGGAAGACCGCGAGGCCUGCCGCGAGGCCUGGGCCGGCCUCCGCCUGUCCCCCCUCUUCGGCUGCAUCUGCCCCAACACGCACAUGAAGAAGCGCUGCGACCGCAUCUUCGCCGUCGUCAACCACAACCCCUGCGUCGUAAAACUGAUGUCGGACGGCCGGAACCCGAACCGGACGGGGGCCGGCGUGACCUCGUGGAUCGGGGGUAUGUCCAUAACACAGGAUGGGAACCUGAUCGCCCCCGACAAAAUAAUGAGCCACGUCCACCGAUACGCGAGCCCCCACUACAACCCCCACGGACACCAUUACCACCGCUGGAACCACGAGCCGGGGGGGAGUGAAGAUCCGCUAUACGCCACAAAGACCGUCUACGGACCAGGAUAUAUUGAUGAGAACCAGAGGAUUGGCAAAGAGAACGGUAAAGCAGGUGACGACAAGGUGGCGCUCCAGUCGACCUGCCACGUGGCCCUGGAGACGUGCAUCAAGGACAACGAGUGCUCCACGACCCUGGAUCCUGUGCUGCAGAACUGCCACGCGACCAACUGCGACCGGGAGGGCUGUAUGGAGGCGCUGAGGGGGUUCUAUAGGAAGCCGGGGGUGCAUUGGAACACGGAGAUCGCCUUUUGCCUGUGCAAGAAAACUGACAACAAGGAGGACUCAUGCAUGCGUGCCCAAGAGCAACUCCAUCCAUCUUGCGCCCAGCGCCCACCCUCGGGACAACCGCUACCGGCCUGCCAUAUUCUCGCUCAUGCCUGCCGCGAGGAACCCGAGUGCAGACUCCGUCUAGAGAACUAUGAGCAAUGGUGCGCCGUGGACGCCGUGACGCAAGGAUGCGCCGGCGCACCCGCGGCCUGCCGCGCCGCCGUGCUAGCCGUGCUGGGGACCCAACUGCGGGCCGCUUGCGCGUGCAGGGGGACGGACUUCGCGCAGCUGUACGAUUGUCUCGGCUGGCAGAGGCUGCUGUGGCUGAAUCCUUGCGUCGUGGAAUCCCAGAGCGACUACCACGUGAAGACCUACGGCAACAUGGUCACCACCUCACUCUACGACGACGGUAUCAUCACCGUGGCGCCCGCGCCGGCGAUACACCACACCACCAACCACCACCGCCACACCACCCACGUGGCGCAGGUCAUUCCUCCCCAACCCCAGGUAAGCUUUCUCAACAUGAUCACCACCUCGCUGUACGACGAUGGUAUCAUCACCGUGGCGCCAGCGCCGGCGAUACACCACACCACCAACCACCACCGCCACACCACCCACGUGGCGCAGGUCAUUCCUCCCCAAUCCCAGGACAACCGCCUCAGCCCGAUCACCACCCGCUCCGACCAGACCAUCCGCCCUGAAAUCCCCGAAGAAAUCUCGGAGCCCGUCGCCCCGGUCAUCAUCGAGACCACCGAGGCCCCCACCACCACAACCACUACCACUACCACUACGACUACGACUACUACGACUACAACUACGCCGCGACCGACGACGACGCUGGAGCCGACGAAGUAUUGUAUAGUGAAGAAGCCUGAGAGCGAUGAUGAGGCGCAGUACAUUAAGAUGGGAGAGACGAGGAGGCUAUACCGCUCCGCCGAGCUCGCCGAAUGCACAGACCUGUGCGUGUGCGAGCACAGUCUGCAAGUAUCCUGCAAGGUGGCAUGCGUGCCUCGAGCGCCGUGCUCGUCCCGUCUCGCACAUUACUCGCACGCCGCGCCAGCCUACCAGGCUUACAGAGGACGGUGCUAUUGCUACUCGGGCUCGUUCAUCUGCAUGAGGCCUAAUCCUGGAGAAUACAAGCUCCCCGAAGGCGUGUACUUGCUGCUCGGGUUCAGCUCGGUGGACGAAGCCCUCCUGCGACCGCACACCGGACUUGGGGCCGAGGAUGCUGUUAGGUUGCUGCAGAGCUACUUGCACACGGUGCAGCGAGAGACGAACUGCACCCUGACGUUGUUCAACAUCAGCAACGAGAACGUCAUCAUCUCUGCCAGCAUCCCCGCCAAGGAGCAGGACGCGCUCAAGGAGGCCGGGGAACCCUUGCUUGACAAGGAAAAGGAGGAGUGCAUCGACGUCCUAAAGAUCGUCAAAGCGCGUAUCAACUCCCAACACGAGGACAUCUCCUCCCACCUGCUCCUCUCCAUCUUCAAGAUCGCCGAGGUCGACGUGGUCUACCCCACUCCACCCUCCUCCGCCAUUGCCGCCACCAGGCCCAUCAAGAACCUCUACAUCUUCAUCACCCUUGCCACUAUCCUCCUCAACCUCAACGGUAUCCUCAACAUUAUCAUCAUUAAGAUCGUCAAUUCUUUAUCGAAUUUAUUCGAGAUUGCUACAUCGGACGUUCCAGACAAAUAUUUUUCGGUAUUUAUAUCUACUUUAAAGGGUGUUAGCACUGUAGCUGUUGUAAAAUACAUUGGUACUCCGCACCGCGCACUCGCUUUAGGUAUCGCACCGAAACACGAUGAAAAAGUAGAGAUAAGUUAUAUAGAUGUACAUAAUUAUAAGGAAAUAAAACAUAUCAUAAAAGCUGUGAGUAUUACAAUAUUUACUAAUUUUAAUGUACUUGUUGCUGAUGUAAUUAUACCUAAAUAUUUUUCUAGAGAUGUGUAUUACGAAAUUGUAUGUACUAUUGAUUCGGAGAUGCUUUUUGGUGAUUUUAGUUUUGGAAAAAUCGCGUCCUCUUCUUAUGGGAUUGUAAAAUCCGUUAGCUUAGGACUGAAUCUAGUAGUAGUAUGAAGACUGAGCAGUACUAACGUAUAGUUAAAUGUAUUUGGUUUCGUUUCGACUUAGAACUGGUGCUUGUAGGUCGAUCUUUAAGGCUGGGUUUUGUAAAUAGGAGUUAUUGCGCCUUUUACACUGUUAGACGUUCGUUCCACGCUGACGCAUGGCGGUGGAGCUACAGACAAUGGAGUAUAUACCUAUACGGAUUGUU